CACUAGUUUAUUUGAAAAAGCCGUUAAUAAUCGUUUACUUCUCCUUAGUGUUAGUAGUCCUUAAGUGAAAUCAAACGGAAAGUUAUUGAAAAGAACCGAGUCCAUCUAGACAGCUAUUUGAUUCGUCUAGUCAGUAUUGGCGUUGGACAGCACCUUCUUUCCACCUGCACUCAACAUGUUUAGAUCCGAUAAUGACAUGAGCAUGAGUAUGAGUGAGCCGCGAAUUCAAAGACCUUUUUUGCACAAUCAUCAGCAGGGUUUACACAUGCUACCGCCUCAAGUGUCUGAACCAUCUUUAUUUUCUGAAGAUAUUUCAUUUCCUUUUAAAGAAGUAUUUCAACCAAGAUCAACUGUUGCUCAGACAUCACCUGUUAAAAGUCCAGGUUUCAUUCCACAGCUGACUCCACUUUCGGUCCUCAAAAAGACAUCAAGUUGGCCACAAAAAACAUCCCCUUGUGGUUGUAAAACAUCUCCAUUCAACAAUAGUACUAUUACAUCUCCAUCUGUUGAUCCUGAAAUCAAAGAGCUUAUUCAGGAUCAAAACAGACAACUUAAUCUUCUUCAAACACAAGUUAAACAGCUUCUUCAUUAUCAAGAAAGGCUGCAGGACAAGCUUGGGGAGAAAGAAAGAGCUAAUGGAGCUACUCAAACUUCAUCGUACUUUGAUGAUGAAAGUCCCAACUAUAACCCCUCUCCAGUGAGAGUCUUCCCCCGUUCCAACAAUGGCUCUCCUUCAAUGCGUCAACCACAGGAUCGCACUGAAAUUACUUUAACUUUCAGAGAUCUCCAGCUUGAGACUAUUGUGGAACAGCCACCAAGUCCACAGCCUUCUUUUGUGGUCAACAUGCAAGACUAUCAAGAAUCAGUUUCUGAAGAGUUUGACGAUAGCAUUGACUCUUGUGUCAAUGUCAUGGAACAUGUUCAAAAUCUGUUGGCACAAGCCAACACCAAAGAGGUUCAAAGACCUCUGAUGGAAAAACCACAGGAAAUGUUGCAUGUUCUGAAUGAAGUACCAGAAAGGCUUUUAUUCAACGGCAGUGCUCUCCCGGACAACCCUGUUCGUAAAGUAACAAUGCAACGAGUACAAGAGUUAGGAAUCAGUUUUAUCAAUCCAUUUCCCGCCAAUGCUCCUCGCAAUCCCAUCUAUUACCCCCGUUCCAACUCCAGAAACAACCACAUUUGGGACGUACGUAAAGAAACGGAUCAAAGUGUGGAAAUGCAGCGUUUGGCCGAAAAAUACCUAGGACAAUCGAAACAGCAAGAAAGUAAAAAACUUGACUUUACGUACAAAAAUUCCAGAUCGGUGGAAAUGAGUAUGUCAUCUCAGCAAUAUCUUGAGCGGUAUGGUCUUCAAGAAGAUACGGAAUACUCUUCGCGUUAAUUGUUGGUGAUGUUUAUACUCACCUUGAACCAAUUUUCAUUUUAGCUUACUGAUUUUCUGAAUAUUAAAUUAUAAAUAGAAAAAAGUAUGUUUGACUAUGUAUUUCAUUUAUUAUGUACAGCCCCAAUUUAAAUUUACUAAUUACACAGAGAAACUUUCUCCACA